CGAAGCUGUUUCCAAGGUGACGGUGUGGCGGCCUCGGUGGUGGAUUGAGCAGGUCUGAGCGAGGUUCCCAGAGGGCUGCGCGUCCCCGUCCUGUCGGCGCCGUCAUGGCGGGUUUGCUGAAGAAGACCACCGGCCUUGUGGGACUGGCUGUAUGUGAGAGUCCACACGAGAGGCUAAGAAUAUUGUAUACAAAGAUUCUUGAUGUUCUUGAGCAAAUUCCUAAAAACGCAGCAUACAGAAAGUAUACAGAACAGAUUACAAAUGAGAAGCUGAGUAUGGUUAAAGCGGAACCAGAUGUUAAGAAAUUAGAAGACCAACUUCAGGGUGGCCAGCUAGAAGAGGUGAUUCUUCAGGCUGAAAAUGAACUAAGUCUGGCCAGAAAAAUGUUACAGUGGAAACCAUGGGAGCCUUUAGUGGAAGAGCCUCCUGCCAACCAAUGGAAGUGGCCAAUAUAAUCAUCAUUGAAUGACUAGUGUGUUCAUGGGAAACGGAUGUAAUUAAAUGUUCUGUUAUAUUAAAAAUGUUUCUAUAUUAUUGACAUAAUCAAGAAAAAUAAUACAGAGCUUAUUUAGGACACUUCUUAAAAUUGAUGACUAUGGUAAUAGGGACUUGUGAAUCCAUUUUUGAUAUGUAAAGCAUUCAUUUAAGCUGUCUUAAAGAUUUUUUGUUGUUGGGUUUUUUUGUUGUUUGUUUUUUGUUUUUUUUUUUUACAGGGAGAUCGUGGAAAGAUUUGAAAGUUAAUUGGAAAAAUUCCAUAGAUUUUCAAUGCAGAAGCCAUAACCAGAAUGUGAAGUAUUUAUAGUGGUAUCUUCAACACAUCAUUUAAUGAUUUUUAUCCUGAAAAAAAACCAGGAAAGAUACUUAAUUAUUAUUAUGGUUUAGACAAAUUUAAAAGUGAAGUAGUAAGAGUAAAAACCAUCGAGUUAUAGUUGUACAGUUGAGGAAAUUGACUUGGUAUUUGAAAGAAAAAUUUCUUUCUUGAAAGAAAAAAUUUCUUACAGUGGUAGUUGAAAAAACUUUUCCAUUUGUCUCAUUUAAAGAAGUUAGCUUUUUGUUCUUAGCCUUUAGUUUUCCUAAUCACCCAAAGUACAUCAGGAUAGAGAUAGAAUUUAUGUAAAAGGAAAGACAUCAAGAGUUCCUAAAGUUUUUCAUAGGCUUAUAUUCAGAACAUCGUACUCAUACAUGGGUUGUAACUUCAAAGUGGAAUCACUAGGUAGUUUUCACUAAGUUUCCAAUAUGAGUGCAGUUGGGUAUCAAACCCAAGAUAAGUGCUAAUUCAAGGAAAGAAACAAUUGGCAUAAAUUACUUUUCACGUGUCCUCACCCUUUCACCCUAGACCCUAUCAUUUCUAAAUACUUAUAUUUGGUAUUUUUUAACUUCAAAGAUAGUACUUUUGUGUGUGUUUAUACACAUAUGUUUUUGUGUCUUUUGCUAUCCCUUGGGGCAAAGUAGAAUCAUUCAGAAUUUUCAGAAAGAGAAAAUUGUAUUUUUUUUUUCUGAUAUAUUUCUCUCCUUACAGAGCUGUAAAUUGAAUGGUAAAUAAAUAUUAAAUGAAGUGGAUUGAGUUACUUUUCAGCAGUCAGAAUGCAAGACAAAGCUUCUGUGGGGGAAGUGGGAAAAGCUUUAGAGAGAGUCAAAAGUCCAGGGGUUCUCAUCCCAGGGGUCUAGUGCUAUCAACUCAAGUGGAGGCAAGUUGUCAACCUCUCAGAUUGACCUAUUUCCUUCUUUAUAAAAAAAAGUAGAACUUAUGAUUUAUAACUUCCUUUUCAGUUCUAAAUAUUUGCUUUAAAUAUAAUACAUUAUAUUUAUAGAUGUAAAAAAAUACAUGAUCCUAAAGCAUAUCUGUAUAGAUACUUUCAAGCAAAUUUCCUAACCAACCAUUUUAUUUCAGGUCCUUUGAGCACAUGAAAACAGAAAGAUGGCUUGAUGUGUCUAUCAGACUUUUUAGCUUCACCUUCCACGAUUCUUGGGUGUCAUAUAUUGCACCUACAGGGCUCCUGUAGCUGUUAAUAAAAAGGGGACAGUAUUAAUGUUUGCUCUAGAAAUGCUAGUGGUAGGAUAGUAGUAGUAUAGUAAUAAUAUAAUAAUAGCUAAUACUUGUUAAUGUUUGCCAGGUACUAUUCUAAGUACUGACUAAUUUCACUCUUAUAUCUGCACUACAACUCUUAAAAGUGUGAUCCUGCAAAUCAUCUCCAUUUCUCCAGGUAAGGAAACCAAGAUUCAGUGUGAGUAGUGCUCUUCUGCAAUUAUAGGCCAUUGUAGGCAACAUGGGCACCUUGGAAAAACAGGUGAAGAGGUGGUGUAAUAAUAACCAAGGUCACAUAGCUAGUAAGAUGAGCUAAAUUUUGAACCUAGACUGUCUUGCUCCAGAACUCAUGUUCCUAACCAUUAUAUUAUUUUUUAUGAAUAUUCUUGGGUUGCUGUCACUCUUGCCUGUACCAAAAGAACUUAUUUCCUGCUUUCUUGAUUUGUUUUGUCAAAAUGACUAUAAAGAAUAAAUAGGAACAGGGGUAGUAAACUGGAUUUCAUUUUGUGUAAAAAUCUUCAUAUGGAUUAUAGGAAAAUAA